UCUCCUGCGAGAACGGCGGCACGGCCGUGGGCGAAGGCUGCGCUUGCCCCCCUGGCUUCAACGGCACCCGCUGUGAAAGGGGGGACUCCUCCAAGGCCUGCCAGAACCGCGGCACUGCCGUGGGGACCAAGUGCUACUGCCCGCCGGGGGUCAAGGGCGCCUUGUGCCACGUCCCUGAUGAAGCCAGCGCCUGCCGGAACGGCGCCACGGCCUUUGGCACGGAGUGCGUGUGCCCGCCGGGCUACUGGGGACCGACCUGUCAGUACAAGGAGCAGCCCAGCUCGUGCCUCAAUGGCGGCACGCUCCUGGAGACGGGGUGCCACUGCCCCACGGCUUUCUGGGGACCCCGGUCACAACUCUCCAUCCAUCCCUCAAUGCAUCCGAGAUCAACAGCACCGUGACCACUACCAGGGCCACCACGGAAAGAAGUCCGGCCAACACCACGGAGCAGGUCACAAUGUCCCCAAUGA